AUGGAUGUUCCAGGACCAAAUAAAGACAACAUCAGAGCGGGCUGCAAGAAAUGUGGCUAUCCGGGGCAUUUAACUUUUGAGUGUCGGAAUUUCAUCAGGGUCGAUCCCCAGAAAGACAUCGUGUUGGACGUGAGCAGCACAAGCACAGAAGAGAGUGAUGAAGAGGAGGCAGUGCACGUCCAUGAGAAACAACGGAAAGGUAACGAUGAUCGAAAAGUCAGGUCCAAACGCAAGAAGAGCAAGGACAGAAAAUCACGGAAAAGAUCCUCUUCAUCAAGUGACGAAGAGACGCCAAAGAAGAAAAAGAAGAAGCACCGGUCCAGCUCGUCUGACAGCGACGACCGAUCCAAGAAGAAGAAACUUAAAAGCCACAAAAAGAAAAAUUCUGCGGAGAGUGAGAACGUGGAGGAGAAUGGGGCGAACGAGGAGAACGUGGAGGAGAAUGGGGCAAACGAGGAGAACGUGGAGGAGAAUGGGGCAAACGAGGAGAACGUGAAGGAGAAUGGGGCAAACGAGGAGAACGUGGAGGAGAAUGGGGUAAACGAGGAGAACGUGGAGGAGAAUGGGGCGAACGAGGAGAAGGAGGCGAUGGUCCCAGUGACUGUUAUUACCCCGGGAUCCCAGAGUCGGUCUUGUUCAUUCAAACGCUGA